GCCUCGUCGUGACGUCACAAGCAUGGCGACGCGCUGAGCUGUGACGCUUUCACCUGAGGAAGUUUUUUUUUUUAACUUAUCUAAUUACCGCAGACAUCCAGCGGCUAAAAGCAUGGAUACAGACAGGCUAGCAAAGCUGGAGUUUGCAGUGCAGAUGACGUGUGAGGGCUGUGGAGACCAAGUCAGAGCUGCUCUGGAGCACAAAGACGGCGUGCACUCUGUCCGCGUGGACGUCAGUGAAGGACUCGUGCUGGUGGAGUCCUCCCUAACCAGUGGCGAGGUGCAAGCCCUGAUCGAAAGCACAGACCGCAGGGCUGUGUUUAAAGGAAUGGGGGGCUCAGAGGAGCAAGAUCAGGGUGCAGCAGUGGCCAUGCUGGCCGGCGAGGGGCAGGUCCAAGGAGUGGUGCGUUUUCUGCAGUUGUCUCCUGAGCGAUGCUUGAUUGAUGGGACUAUUGAUGGCUUGGAGCCUGGAGCCCACGGCCUCCAUGUACAUGCACUCGGGGACCUUACAGAUGACUGCCUGAGCUGUGGUGAACAUUUCAACCCGUUUGGAAGACACCAUGGUGGUCCACAAGAUGCUGAGCGGCAUGUCGGUGAUCUGGGAAACAUUUUUGCUGCACCUAAUGGCAGAGCAUCAUUUAGACUUGAGGACAGUCAACUGAAGGUCUGGGACGUGAUUGGACGGUCUCUGGUGGUGGACGCUGGACCAGACGACCUGGGCCAGGGGGGUCAUCCGCUAUCCAAGCUGACAGGAAACUCUGGUGCCCGGCUGGCGUGCGGGAUCAUCGCUAGGUCAGCGGGCCUCUUUCAGAACCCCAAACAGAUCUGCGCUUGCGACGGGCUCACGCUGUGGGAGGAGCGAGACCGGCCAAUGGCCGGAAAAGGGCGGAGCAAAGCAGACACAGAUACACUGGUGGCUAACCUCUGAGUGAGAA